CUUUCCAGAGAGAAAGCUGAGACCUGAGCUCCAUUUUGAGUGCACUCUUAACACCAAAAGCAGUGAGUCCAUUUGCAGAAAGUUUACUUUAACACACAAGCAGGAUGAUCUGAUAUCACAUGGUCAUCAUCUGACUAAUCACGGUCCAAUCACAUUUUGCCUUCAGGACUCUAGAGAGUCACUGCUUAAAAGAAGGCUUCGUAGAAGGUUUUUUUUUUUUUUUUUUUUAUCUUUAAAUUAUAUUAUAUUAUGUUAUAUCCACGUAGUUGCUUGGUGACAUUAACUGCGCAAUUACGCGUGACCACUUCCGCAGUUGUUGAUGUGACUACGACGCACAGGGGUAUAAUAGUGCUGUGCGUGGUUCCGCCGCACUUCGUGUGAAGUGAUCCAGCUGUGAACUAUUCACACGUUUUAAUACCCUAUUAACACGUGACGUCUAGUAACACGUGAUGUCCUACAAAGCAAGGGAUCCGCCUCUCCAUUGUUUUUGUACGUCAUAUCUCAGCAGCACUUCUCACGCGAGUCCUGCUCAAGAUCAAGCUCCCAGAUAAUCCUCCCAUAUCAGUGCAGUUCUCCAACCUCACAGGACUACUUACCUCUCAACCAGGAACAGCAACAAUGGACAAGACGGUGCUGAUUGUUUAUGCACAUCAGAGUCCGAAGUCUUUUAACUGUGCGGCGAAGGAUGCGGCCGUGAAGACUCUCACCGAUCAGGGCUGUAAGGUCCUCGUGUCGGAUCUCUAUGCCAUGAAAUUCCGAGCUGUAGCAACAGCGGAUGAUGUCAAAGGUAAACUGAAGAACCCUGAACACUUCCUGUACAACGAGGAGACCGGGCUCGCUUGUAAGGAGGGCAGACUGAGUGACGACAUUAAAGAAGAGCACCGUAAAGUGGAGCAGGCUGACCUCAUCAUCUUCCAGUUUCCACUUUACUGGUUCAGCGUCCCUGCUAUAAUGAAAGGCUGGAUAGACCGAGUGAUGACUCAGGGAUUCGCCUACUCUCUACAGAACCUUUACGACAACGGCAUGUUCAAGAAUAAAAAGGCCAUGUUGUCAUUCACUACUGGAGGAAUGGAGUCCAUGUACCUGCCAGACGGCCUCAAUGGAGACAUAAAUGUUGCACUGUGGCCUUUACAGAAUGGAGUUCUGCGCUUCUGUGGUUUUCAGGUUCUGGCCCCGCAGAUCUUCUGGAGUCCUGCACACACUCCUGCCGAUGCGAGAGUGGCUUUGUUGGAGGCGUGGAAGACCAGGCUGCAAGGACUGCUGAAUGAAAAACCGCUGUCCUUCGCCCCCACUGAGCUCUUUGAGCUCAACUUCCAGGCAGGGUUCAGACUCCGGGCAGAUGUAAAGGAGGAGUUUGCUUCUAAACCAUAUGGGCUGACCACAGCACAUCACCUGGGAAAACCUCUUCCUCCAAACAACCAGACCAAGGCUGAAUAAGGAGCCAUCCGAGCCGUCUGAUUUAAACAAACCCCUGAAGAUACAAGUUUCUACUUGAAUCGUAAAUCAUAAAGGAUGCACACAGUUAACCUGAAAUGUGAAGAUUUCAUUUGGAAACUUAUUUGAUUCUGAUUUAAGUUUAACCUUAUUUGUCUAAAGCAAAUAUAUGGACACAGAUUUCUAAAAAUAAUAUAAAAAAAAUCCUACUGUAACAUUGAACUAUGUACUGUAUGUUUUACAUUGGGUUAACCUGUAUACAUGUUCUUGUAUGCAUGUUCCCGUGUGACUUCUCUACACCAUUAAUCAGUUAGGCAGUAAACUUUUGACCAAACUGAAUGUUUAAUUGUAGCUUACUUUAAAAAGUAAAUAAAUAACUUCAAAAAUACACUGUAGUCAUUUUUUUAUUAUUAUUAUUUCAGUCAUUAAAGUUU